GUUUUGCAAAUGCACUUGACAAUACUGUUCUUGCAAGAACUAUUCCAGAACACCUGACCUUCGUGUCUUAAAAUAACAACUGACUGUUUUUUGUUGUCAUUACAUAUGGAUUACUUAAGUCCAUGUGUGUUAUUUCAUAGUUUUGAAAUCUCCAGUAUUGUUCUAGAAUGUAGAAAAUAAAUCCCUAAACAAAAAGCAUUGAAUUAGGUGUGUCCAAACCCUUUGACUGGUAGUGUGUGUGUAUAUAUAUAUAUAUAAUGUGUGUGAAAUGCCAGAAAAUCCAGCUGUGUGUGUAAGGGGGGGACAUCAGAAAAGCCAGCACAGUGUGCAUGUGUGUGUGUGCGUGUGUAUAGAGUGCAUAUCUGGGUUUCCUCUGGGUACUCCAGUUUCUUCCCCCAGUCCAAUGGCACGUGUUGUAGGCUGAUUGGCAUCUCGAAAUUGUUCGUAAUAUAUGAAAGGCUUUGUGUGUGAUUGCACCCUAUAAUUGGACGUCCUCUACCCAAAGACCUUUGUGACAGGAUAAGCUCUGUGUAGGAUAAAAUGUACAGAAAAAGAAUUGAUGGGUGAAUUAAAUUAAAUCUAUUUGAAUGUUUAGUAUGCUGUGUCUGGCCACUCAUUUACCCUACAAUGCAGAAACAUUACUGUCUCAUCAUAGCCAGGCAUCUCCAUUUCUAAGAGAAUUCCUACCAGGUGUAGAUCAUUUUUAAAUAGAGAUGUAACUCCUCAGGUUUCCACACGAUUUCAUAAUAUUUCACUAUUUGAUUUUUAUUGUUUUAUUUUAAUCCAUAGGGGAAUGAUUCGGUACUUAACAAUACAACAGAAUCUUCCAUGACAAAUAUGAUGCAGUUCAAUUUAGUAACAAAUAUUUGAAUAACACUUAUUUCCAGAAUCUUGGUUUAUGCUACAAUUUAUUUGUAAAUGAUAAUGACAACAAAUGCUGAGCAAAUCACCUUGCUUGCCUUUUCUAGUCUUUUUCAAUAAUAACCGAUUUGUCGUCUAUUAUUUAUUUAUGAUUGUCGCUCCAAAUCAUUGAAAUCAUCCAGCUUGCCCUACCCUUGAUGUAAAGUACCUGAAGAACCUUUUUGUUGUUAAAUUACUCCACUUUUGUAAGCUUUUGUAAUUUCUACAUUCCAUAUUUCUCAUAUAAAACUGAUGUCCCCUAUGACCUGUCUUUCAAACAUUAUUACGAAUCUAACAGGGGUGUUUUAAUGACAAUUCCCUCUGUUCAUUAUUCACCUCUAAGCGUAAACUGACCCAAGCUAUCUCAACAAUGUUAGCCUGCCGACGUGCCUUUGGUGGGUAAGAAUAGCCUCACAAUGGAGCUCAUGUCUGUGAUUUUCUGUUGUCUGAGAACAGUUGUUGUCUAAGCAAGAGAAUAGGUAAGAUAAGAAGCAGAGGCAGGAGACUAGGCUAGGCCACUCAGUUUCAGUCUGUUUGUAAGGAGCGGUUGCAGUUCUGAUGGACCUGUGGGACGCUCAGCUGGAGUGAAAUUCAGAGGCAGUGUCUUGUCUAGUGAGCUCUGGACCUGGAGUCAUGGGGAGGCAAGGAGCCUCGGAGGCUGUCUUCAUCAUACUGAAUUAUAACACCACUAUUGUGGGGAAGGUCUGGCUGGUUCUAACGGUCUUCCUGCGUAUAUCAGUCUUGUUCUUGGCUGGUAAUCCGCUCUACCAGGACGAGCAGGAGAGAUUUGUAUGUAACACUAUCCAGCCUGGCUGUGCCAAUGUGUGUUACGAUAUAUUUGCCCCCCUGUCACUGUUCCGCUUCUGGCUGGUCCAACUUACCUCCAUUAUCCUGGUUCAUGUUGUGUUUAUUGUCUAUGUGAUCCACAAAGUUACACCCAGCCUACCUCGUCCUGAUGCAUCUAACAGAAUGAAGUUUAGGUCUUUCUAUAAGAUUAAACAGGAACCUUUCCAUGAAACAUCUCUGCCAAAGUCUAGUGUAAAAGCAGGUAUGAGAUGGCUGCCUUGUUUCGCAGGAGUCUACGUCUUUCAACUUUUGGUCCGGAUCCUUCUAGAAGCUGGUUUUGGGGCAGCGCAUUACUAUCUGUUUGGGUUCUACACCCCAAAACGCUUCAUCUGUCAGCAUGCUCCUUGCACCACCAUGGUGGACUGCUAUAUAUCCAGACCCACUGAAAAGACCAUCAUGCUGAAUUUCAUGCUGGGGUUGGCUGCCCUGUCCCUCCUUCUGAGCCUGUUUGAUCUCAUCUGUACCAUUAAGCAGUCGGCAAGGCAUAGGAGCAAGAAGAAGAUGAUGGUGGAGAACAUGUAUGAGGAGGAAGGAUACUUUCUGGCAGAAAGUGGAGCCACUGGGGUCGACUUUGGUGACCCCGAACAUCAAGCCUUUCUGGUCAAUGGAAGCUUCCGUAAGAGAAUUAGCAAAGCUUGCAUGGGUAAUGAUGCCUCCAUGCAUUUAGAAGGCAAAGGUCAUCCAGGUAUCCCUUGUGGAGGAGUCCCUGUAGGUAUAAAUCUUGGUGUACCCAGUACUAUCGGGGGUAACGGAGCUGGUUGUUACCCAGUCGUGGGGGACGAGGUAACAGAGCGAGAGGGCAGUGAGGUGGCACUGUGUCCAUCUGAGCCAGUAGGCACACCCAGGUCCAUACGAGUUAACAAGCGUAGUCGCCUCAAACCCAUGCCGCCUCCCAGACGGGACAAGCCACCAAGCGAAGGGCUGCUGGAUAGUUCUGGACCAGUGACGGCUUGUGAAACGAUAUCAGGACAGUACAUGUUGGGGGAUAUAAGUACUGACAGUGACCUGAUGUCCACUGGGGGAGACGGAUAUGAAAAAAGGUCAGAAUGGGUGUGAGGGUCUGGAUCUCAUUGGAUCUUAAUCUUAUUGGAGGCACAUUGGGGUUUACACCAAAACAAAAUGCAUUCAAAGACAGUUGAAAAGGUUAUUUUGUUCUGAGCGACUAAUGAAAUGUCAUUAAACAAUAAAAUCCUGAUAUCUUUGACCUUUGGAUAAGAUGGGACCUUGAAAGGCUGUCACUUUUGUUUUGAAGAAUUUACUCAAUUAUGCAAAUGGUACAUUGUAUGUUUGAAUAGUGAGGGACCAGAAACAAAGGUCUUAAAAUGUUUGAAGACAAGGUGACUCUAGGUAGCUCUUCUGUUUUGAAGUCUCUGUGGAAUGCUACCCUUUGCAGCUCAGCCACGACCUUCACAUCCACCUGUUGCUUCUGUUUGUAUUAGCCCACACGGCUUCUCUAAACACUAAACGGAGGUCAUCCUUGACAUGUCUUGACCUGGCUGUGUGCGUCACGCUGAGAGAUCAUUCUAAAAGCAUGUUGGUGAAGUCCACCAAUGGCCUAUAAAGGUUGAAACUGACAUACAGUCCCCAAACUGAAGAAGACCGAAUUAGCGAUCAACAAUUGUGUUGUACCUAGUCCAUACAAACUUUUUCUUUCAUUAUUAGCAUUGAUAUGUGACAUUUUCUUUUGAGACCAGUGAAUAUGUCUAGAUACUAAAGACCAGGAAUCCCCCAGCCUGAGUGCCAGGCAGAACAAUUAACGUCAAAGCCUGGAUUUAUAUUUAUGGAGGCGGCUUGUCACAAUAUAUUCAAAGACCCAAAGGGAUUUGAGGCUGGAACUUUAGAGCAUAUACAAACACUUAAAAUAGUGCACCACAAUCCAAUGAAACAUGAGAUCUGAUGACGCCUGACACAACGCAACCUCUCGGUACUUUUCACCUCUAUAGCUAAAUUAACUUCAGCCUGCUGCUGUCAUCCUCCUGUCUUCUGUCCUCGGUCAGACCACUGGUUCAUGAGGAUUGGCUAGCGUUGAGCUUGAUUGAGACUACGUAAAUGACACCUCAAUUUUCCCAUCACUCUGAAAACGACUCAACUCAUUGUGCUCUAUAUACAUAUCCAAAAUUACAUCAGAUUUUUUAUCUUAAUUCAUGGUUAUAUUUUACCACAGAAGAACCAGUAAUGAAUACAGGAACUGUAAAGAUGUCCAUUUGCUUGAAUUUUGUGUCUUUGAAUUGAUUUUUUGGUUUGUUAUAAUGUAAUGGAAAAUUGUGGUACAGAAUAAAUCAGUCUAUAAUUUAAAAAAAUAUGGUUGGUUCGUUCAUAUUCUUUGAAAAUACUUUUGGAAGCCAUCCAUCUGUUAAGCCAGGUUUAGCGUUCGAGCUUUUUAAGCUUUGGCUUCUGAGAUGUUUUAGCACUUUUUUAUACAAAUGAAUAGAAAUGGGGAAAAAAUACAUAAUAGCCAUAAACUGCCAUUCCCUCACCAGCCUCUUUGAAUCAAAAAGACUUUCCCACAUCUGAUUAACUUUAUUUCCCAGAAGCCAAAAAAUGGAAUUUGUGCCUGUUUUGUUGUCUUCAGCACUGAAUUCACAUAACACUAUACACAUGCUGUAUCAACAUCACACAAUUGUCACCCAAAUGAGGAUGGGUUCCCUUUGAGUCUGGUUCCUCUCAAGGUUUCUUCCUCAUACCAUCUAAGGGAGUUUUUC